CCAGGCAGCCUCCCUCGAAGCCGGGUACCGCUCAGGGCUGGAGCAUCCCGACACGAGCAUCCUCGGCAGCCCUUGAAGGAGCCUUCUCUCCUGCGAGGAAAACUAGGCACGGCAUGCACCUGAACACAACUUCUUCGCUGCGCCAGCUGGAAUUCCUCUUGGGGCACUUUCACUUGCAGCCCACCAACUACGCAGCGCCUACCGUGGGGAACGUCUCCAACAGUUCUGAACUGGGCUCCAGGGUGCCCAAUGAGGAGGAUCUCGAUGUCAACACGGACAUCUACUCCAAAGUCAUGGUCACCAUCAUCUACCUGGUGCUCUUCUUGGUGGGGACCAUCGGCAACUCCAUCACUGCCUACACCCUGGUGCAGAAGAAGUCCCUGCAGAACCUUCAAAGCACCGUGCAUUAUCACCUGGCCAGCUUGGCGUUCUCCGACCUGCUCAUUUUCCUCCUCUGCAUGCCCAUUGAACUGUACAACUUCAUCUGGGUGCAUCACCCCUGGGCUUUCGGGAACAACAUCUGCAAGGGCUACUACUUCCUGAGGGAUGCCUGCACUUACGCCACGGCCCUCAACAUUGCCAGCCUCAGCGUCGAGAGGUACAUGGCCAUCUGCCACCCUUUCAAAGCCAAGAGCAUCAUGUCCAGAAGCAGAACCAAAAAAUUCAUCAGCUGCAUCUGGGUUGCGUCCUUCCUGCUGGCCAUUCCCAUGAUCAUGACGAUGGGAGAGGUAUACAAGUUCCCCGAAGACCCAAACACGCUGAUCUGUACCCAGAUAGUGGAAGCUUCCACGCUUAAGGUGGUCAUUCAGGUCAACGCUUUCAUCUCCUUCGUUUUGCCAAUGGUGGUCAUCUCGGUCCUGAACACCAUUAUCGCCAAUCAGCUCAUCAUCAUGUUCAAGCAAGCCGCACAAGAAAACCAGGUGUGCACUAUCGGAGGGCAGCAAACCAUGCUCAGCAUGUCCAUGGAGCCCGGCCGUGUCCAAGCCCUGAAGCAUGGAGUUCGAGUCCUACGAGCUGUUGUGAUUGCCUUUGUGGUCUGUUGGCUUCCGUAUCACGUACGGCGACUUAUGUAUUGCUAUGUGCCAGAAAAUCAGUGGUCAGACUUCCUUUAUGACUUCUACCACUACUUCUACAUGUUGACAAACAUCCUCUUCUACGUCAGUUCAGCCAUCAACCCAGUCCUGUACAACCUGGUGUCUGCCAACUUCCGCCAAAUCUUCCUCUCCACACUCAUGUUCAUGUGCCUGCCAUGGAGGAAGAAGAAGAAGAGAACCAAGUUUAACAGGAAAUCCAACAGCAUCUCCAGUAACCAUACCUUUUCCAGCCAAGUCACCAGAGAAACCACCUACUGAGCAUUGGGCAUUGCCAGUGAAGGAAAGAAUAAGGGCCUCAGUUUGAGACAGAAUUUGAACUUGUGAAGAGGGCUCUACUGCUUUUAUACAUGGCCUCCAAAUUCACCAUAGCAUGAAUGUGUUUAGGUGGUUGUCAUACAUUGGAACGAGUAGGUGUCUGUUCUACAGGUUAACUUUGGGGUUAUGUUAAUGCAUUGGCCUCUGCCUCUUGUGAGUAAUGUCUCCAUGUUUUGUCGUUUUCAUCCAGCAUAGAAGUCGCCUGUGAUGUCAUCCAGGAAACUGUAGCAUUUAUGGAGUCAAUGUUGGCUAAGCUUGAAUGCCUCUUAUACUGCAGUCCAUCCAUUUCUCAGCUUAAAAGUGCUGUGGGAACAUUGAACAAGAUUGAGAUCCCUGCUCCUGGUAAUCCUGAGAUUAUAAAAUGACAUGGAGGCUGGAUAGGUAUUAUGGCUGGGUUGUUUUUUUAGUGAGAGGGGUUGGC